AUGUUUAAGUUAACAUUACUAACAAUAGUUACAGUGGCCAUUGGGACGACUGGGUAUCUUAUAAAGGUCCCUACUACGUCAUGGCAACCUAAAUCAGGUACAACCCCAAAACUUGAAUGGAUUUAUAUUCAAAAGCUUCUAGUGCCUUUAUUCGAAAAUGUAUGCGAAACCAGCACUGAUCAAGGUAUCAUUAAUUUAAGUAAUGACUUCGAAAAGGGUUUUGCAUCAGAAAAUUACUUAAAUUCGGAAAUAAUUAGUAAUCUUCAAAACUACAAGAAUGAAAAGGGUUUCAUACCAAAACAUGAAAUUUUUACAGAAUAUAACGAGAACCAUAUCAACGAACUAAAGUUAAUUUUUGAGGUCUUAUACUUUGCCAAAGAUUUCAAUACUUUUUACAAAGCAGCAGCUUGGGCGCGUCAAAAUAUUAACUGCGGUGUUUACGUUGAUGCCAUUUACCUUGCAAUUUUGAACAGAAAAGAUACUGAAAGAGUUUCAAUUCCACCUCCGUAUGAAGUACUUCCUAAUUAUUUUAUUAAUAGAGAUGCUAUAAUCAAAGGUUCUUUAUUAUUAGCAAAUGAAGAAAUAAUUAACUUGGAAAACGUUCGAGAAGAAGGAAAUUCGUAUAUUAUAGAUGCCAAUUAUUCUAAAAACCUGUAUGAAACUAGUGACGAAACCUUAUCAUAUUUUCACGAAGAUAUAGGUCUAAAUUCAUUUUACUUUUUACAAAAACUAAACAUGUCUCCAUGGCUUAAUACUUCUUUGGGUUUGAAACCUAAAUUCGGUGAACAUAUUUAUUAUACAAUGAAGCAACUUGCAACAAGAUAUAAUUUAGAAAGAUACUCAAACGGUUUACCUGAAUUGGAGGAUUUGAGUUGGGAUUCUUUAUCGUUAACGCCCUAUGAUCCGAUGUUAAUUUACUCUAAUGGAAACGAUUUCGAACCAAGGUCGUCAGCAAUUUCAGGUAGUAAUGAAGAUUUGGCGUUCCUACAAAGUAUUGAAAAUAAUAUAGUAACGAUAGCUAAUCGUAUGAAGGAAAAAGGAUAUAGUAAGGUAGACAUAAUUAAUCACCUAAUGCAAAUUUUAGUAACAAACAAAAACAGCUAUGAAAAUGUGGCUUUGAAAAUUCUUGGAAAUGAUUUUACUUCUGAGCAAAAGUCUCCCUCGGUGUUAGCCCACUACUUAACUACCGUUCGAGAUCCAAUAUUCUGGAAAAUAAACAAGAAAAUAAUAGAUUUAGUAGAACGCGUUUUAAGUGAUUUACCUGGUUAUUUACGAAACGAUUUAAUUUUUCCGGGAGUGGAAAUAGUUAACGUAGACAUAAAGAAAAUGAUAACAUCUUUUGACUAUUUUGAGUUUGAUGUGACGGACGCUCUUAAAACAGCAACAAACAACGUGAAAUUUCAAGUAAAAUUUGGGCAAUAUAGAUUAAACCACAAGCCAUUUUCAAUAAAACUUAACAUUUCUUCUCUAGUUACCCAAAAGGGAUUUACUAAAAUAUUCAUAGGACCAAAAGUACUACCCGGUGAACUUAGCUAUAAGAAAAAUCUAUUCUUUUUACUCGAUUGUUUUGAAAUUAACUUAAAGAAAGGUAAAAAUAUAAUAACUAGAACUUCCACUGAAAUGAAUCAUCUAUCUGAAGACUUAACAUCAUUAAAGAUCAUAAAGAAAAGAUUGGAUGAUGCCGAAUUCGGAAUAAAUUCAGUACCUUUAAAAAUGAUGGGAUUACAGACAGGAUUUCCACAGCGCUUAGUGCUUCCUAAGGGCGCAGGAGAUGGAUUGCCUUUUCAAAUAUUUGUUUUUAUAGCACCAUAUAUCAAACCGUCGACAGGUGGACGUCUUACAAAUAUUGAAUACAAUUUAGACACUGUAUUAACACCAGGUUUUCCACUAGAUUUAAAAACUGAUAUGAGUCAACUUCUUGAGCUACCAAAUGCAAUUUUAAAAGACAUUUCAAUAACACACAAGGGUGAAAAUAAAGCAAUAAACAAACAAGAAUCAAACGUCGAAAUUGUGGAUUCUGAAACUACAUGGUCGAGCAGUGAAAUUGAUAAACAAGUUAAACCUUUAAGAAGUUCUGUACGAGCAGAUUUUACGAUGUCAAAGGAACCUUUCGAUUUUAAGUCAAAAAAAGACCAAUAUAGAAAAUAUGAUGAGUAUUUAGAAGAAGAAAGUUCCAAUAAAAACGAACAAAAUAUUCUUAAAGUUAAAGGGUUACAAAAUCACACAAUCGAAAUUAAAAAUAAUAAAGACAAAAUAGGUAAUAAGGCUAUUGGCAACGAACAAAACAGUGAAUUUGCUGAUUCCAGUACGAUACUAAGUAAUGAUUUUAAGGAACCAAUCAGAAUUUUGAAAUUAGCUGCUAGACCAGAUUUUACAAUGAGAAAAGAACCUUUUGAUUAUAAAUCGAAAAGGGGUCAGUACGGCAAAAAAGAUGAUUAUUUAGCAAAAAGAGGUGGAUACAAAAAAGGCAAAGAAGAUAUAUUGAAAGAUUCAGAAUCAAAAAAUUAUGUAGAUAUCACUAAAAGUGAAAAAAGUGCUGAAAUUUCAAAACAAAUGAAAAAGGAAUUGAAUAAAAAUUUAAACGAUUUAGAUAAAACUAUAUACAAUAUAAGCUCCGAAAAAACAAAUUUUGAUAAAUUCAUGAAAAAACAGGAUUUUGAAGAACAACAAAAACCAAUUAUUGCAGGACUCAACAAAAUAACCGAUGUACGGCAUGAAAAUAUGUUAUCCGAAGAAGAUAUAUCAACGAUACAAAAAAAGCGUGCUCCAACUGUGUAUGAUUUUAUUUUUAAUAAUCCUUUUGACAUCGAAAAAGUCUACGAGUAG